GGAGAUCCUGCUGUUCUCUGGGGUCCCAGAGGCUGCUCAGCCCGGCUCGGACACUCGUUUCUCGGUCUUCAUGGCUUCUCCGGAUGACCCUCUGCGCUCAGAUCACAUGGCAAAGGAGCCAGUGGAGGACACAGACCCCAGCACUUUAUCCUUUGGCAUGUCAGACAAGUAUCCCAUUCAAGACACCGGCCUCCCUAAAGCUAAGGAAUGUGAUGCAGUCACUUCUAACUGUCCACCAAAUUCUGAUGAUCAACAUCAGGGAAAAGAAAAUGACUUUCCAGACAGCACUGGAGAUCCCCUUUCAGGUGUCAGCAGAAACCAGCCAUGUAAGGAAGGUUGCUCUUGCUCCUCUUGUUUGCCCCGGGUCCCCACCAUCAGCGACUUGCUCAAUGAUCAGGACUUGUUAGACGUGAUCAGGAUAAAGCUGGAUCCGUGUCACCCAACCGUGAAGAACUGGAGGAAUUUUGCCAGCAAAUGGGGCAUGCCCUAUGACGAACUCUGCUUCCUGGAGCAGAGGCCCCAGAGCCCCACGUUAGAGUUCUUAUUCCGGAACAGCCAGAGGACUGUGGUCCAACUGAUGGAGCUCUGCCGACUUUACCACAGGGCUGAUGUAGAGAAGAUCCUGCGCAGGUGGGUGGAUGAGGAGUGGCCCCACCGGGGACACUCGGACAAUUCCAUGCACUUCUAGAAUCCCCUUCUGGCAUUAGCCUUUCUGCUUGCUGGACCAGCAUGGGUCACAGGGAGUAUGUACCUGCUCUUAAGAUUUUCAGAUGAGGAUGUGGAAUGGGCAGUGGUUUUCCCUGAAGCUGGUGGCUUGUGAAAGGAUGGGUUCUGUUUUGGUGGCAGGUAUUUGUUUCUUUUUGCACAUCUGUUUUAAUUUAAUAUUUGAGUGUGGGAUUAGGGAGGAAUAUUUUAUAGGUUGCAUAGCGCCAAAUCAUACAUAUGGUUGGGACAGAAUCAUGCCAGCAUGGAAAGAAAACAACCCUCUCCCUAGAUACUGCUAA